AAGGUAAUGUUAUCAGAUCAGCUGAAUCUGGCAUCUCUGUUUAAAUGGUAGGCCGUUGCGCAAAAGCUCAUGCGCAGGCCUGUGUAUUAGUGUGUGUAAGUGGAGACGCAGUUUCCUCCAGACGCUAGUCUGCCAUCUGGUAACACUGGAGCAGGUCUUUGUGCAUCAUUGGAACGUUAGAAGCAGAAACUGUAACAAUUAAAAAGCUCCAGGGGGUAGGGCUUGCCGAGUGCAUAAUCAUUGUAAUAUACAGUUCACUGCCAAAGAACAACUACUAAUGUACUCCAUGGACAACCAUGUGCCAUGCAUUCUUACUGGCUUUAUCUUUUACAGUUUUGGCUUGAAAUGGUGCUAUGAUUAUGCUAAGUAUUGGGUAUCCUUGAGACCCAGAGAUGAUUCAAAUGCAACAAAAGGUUUAAUGUUUAUAGAGAAAUGUGAGAAAUUGUUGAAUAGACACCCGAUAGAGGGGAGCUUGAAAUUGAUAGCAACUGCAGUAGGUUUAGCUAGUACAAUAACCGGUGGUCUGCAACAAGCUGGCACAGUGUCUCCGAAAGUUGUUUUAGCUACGAUUUAUCUCUUUUUUGCAUUCUCUGGCCUUGUAGAUGUUUUGAAUUUUUAUUUUCCGCACAAUGUAAGCGAGGGAUUAGUUAAGCUGGCGCUUGGCCAAAGUUUUUUCAUAGAAGGAUUCCUUUUCUUAUGGGGAAGUGUAGGGAGCAAUGCGAUAGUCAAUUUAAUUUUAGCAUUCAUAGUAUGGACAACAUCUCUAGCCAUUAUUUUGGAACUUGUUUGGCCUGAAUUAAAACUUUUAAGAGCCUGUACAACAUUACUCCAUGGUGGUUGGAUAGCACAUAUGGUACGUGUGUAUCAUGCGGUACCACUUUUGCCAGAAGGUGUUGCUCUUGUAUUUUCUUGGCAUGUUGCUGCUGCAUCAGCCGUAACAUUGUGCGUAGUAGCCGUAACAAGAAGCUGUGCUCCUAGACUUAUAAUAGAUGGACCACCAGAAAUACCAAUUUAUGACUAUUAUCAAGCACCAGACCAUAGAAUGUAAACGUUUUGAAAGAAAUUGGUAAACAAUUUAAUUUCGCGCACGUAUAAAAUUUAUGCAUUAUGCAUAAAAAAUAAUAUUUUUAGAGUAGUAUACUAUAGAUAUUGUAGUGCCAGAUAAUGAGAAAGCAAAAACCAAAUUCAAGUUUUACAUGAUGUCAGUAUUUUUUUACUUAAUAUUUAUAACAAUGCUUCGUUUUGUAACACAACGAAUAACUCUAUUUUAUACGGCUCUAAUUAUACAGUCAUGAUAGUGUAAGCAAUUUUGUACUACCCUGGUAUUGUAGGUAAAAUACUCAUUAGGACUUAAGAGGUGCCUUAUGAUAUUAUUGCUCACUUAUUUAUUAAUAGAAGAAUGUAAUACUUCAUCUUUUGUAAUAAGUAUUUCUACUUCACCGCAAACCCAUGUGCCAAGAGAAUUCAUGUAAUUAUACAAUGUAUAUAAAUCAUUUUAUUAAACAUAUUUGUAAUUCAUUCAAGUUUUUA